AUGUCUCUUCGGAGGGUCCUCCCUGGACAGUCAUCAGGGAGUGCGCACACCUUUGGCACCCCGCGCCACACAAGCGUCAUCGACCCCAUCCUAUCAAAGCGUGUCUGCUUCUACAAAAGUGGAGAUCCUCAGUUCAACGGUCUGCGCAUGGUCAUCAACAACCGCUCCUUUAAAACAUUUGAUGCCCUCCUGGACAGUCUCUCUAAAAAGGUUCCCCUGCCGUUUGGGGUGAGGAACAUUACCACGUCUCAUGGGGUUCAUGCAGUCAGUACUUUGGAUGAUUUGGAGGAUGGAAAGUCCUACAUAUGCUCUGAUAGCCGUAAGGUCAAACCUUUCAACCUGGCACGAGCCAGGAAGAAGCCGCCGCCCUGGUACCAUGCCAGGCCUGCUAGUUCCCGUCGUCGAACUGUGCAGCAGGCCAGGCUAUUCCCCGGCUGGAGCAUCCACAAGAAGGAGCCGGUGGUUCUGCGCACACCAAAGAGGCUACUGGUUUUCCGCAAUGGUGACCCCAAUGUAAUACACAAAGUGUUCAUUCACAAGAGGACUACACCCACGUUUGAGUCCAUACUGGAAUAUAUCUCAGAGCUGAUCCAGUUCCACGUGGUGAAAUUACUCACGUCUGACGGCAAACGCGUGGAUGGUCUUCCAGGCUUGAUAUUGUGCUCUGGGACUGUAGUGGCAGCAGGCAGGGAGCUGUUCAGGCCUGCAAACUACAGCGCACAGAGCUCUUCAGCUCAAACAACGCUGCCUACCAAUCGAAAAAGUAUCCGAAGACUAAAGGCUUUAAACCGCAAAAAGAAGCUUCUAUCAAACGCUCCAAAGUCGAGGCCGUUUUCCCCCUCAUGUGAGAGAUACAUUGUGAAUCAAAUCAACAACUCCAUGGCAGAACGUUCAAGCGAGCUACGCAGCAACCCCUCAAACUCUGUGGAGUGGGAGUCGGGUCAUAUCCUGGAGUCAGUGGCAGAAACAGAGGGUGAAACCUGCCUUGGCGAUGGAGUUGAAGGGCAGGGGUGCUCGCUGCCCACAGAUGAUGACAUUGAGAAGUCCUUUCGAGUGAACCAAGACGGAAGCAUGACGGUGGAGAUGAAGGUGAGGCUGACACUUAAGGAGGAGGAAACCAUUCAUUGGACCACCACUUUGACUCGAUCGAGUGUGGCUAAUGAGCUUAAUGAAACCAGUUUACCCCCGCCGGAGUUAGAACAGAUCAGCUCACCAGACUCACUUGAUUUACAAAGUGCUGUUGCCUCCAUCGACACAAUCAGUAAGGACAAAUCAAAGGAUAACAAUGAUGAGGAUCCACCUACACCAUGCAAUGGAGUUUUCAGCGAGUGUAGUAUUGAAGACGAUAAUAUCAAAGAACAGACUGGCUUGGUGUCCUCUUGGAGAGCUCCCACACCAGGUCACAAGCAAAUCAGAACGAAGCAAACCUCAAUGGAGAGCAUAAAAUCAGUGACAGCAGAGGGGAUUCAGGAAGGUGUGGUUGGUUCUUACUCCUACAGAGAGCAGACAGAACAUGGAGACAUGACUGAGCAGUACUGCUUGGUCAAGCAGAGUAGUACUAGACCAGUUCCCAAACCAAGAAGACUUGGCUCUAUAGAUACCAACAAUAUAAGCAGCAGAGAUGUAUCCACAUUCAAAUCAGCAGGGAUGUCUGAAAUCCUGCAGGUUGAAUCCAGCGGACAGGAGGUCACUGAGACUGUGUUCCACAUAUUUGAACAGCAGACCUGCCAGAAUAACUUCCUUGCAAACCUUUUAAAUCCAGUGGAAGCGAAUCAGAGUGAUGACAAUAAGGUGAAAAGGUCAGAUGACCCUAUAACAGCAGGUCAAGAGAAAGAAACACAAAUACUGCCCCAGCCAUUUAACAUGCAAAAUCAGCCAGACAUCAAGUCUGUGCUUGAGGAUAUUUGCUACUCAAUAAAGUCAAUCAGACUUAUCACACAGACCAAACGUCCCUCAGGUCUGGAAAGGUCGAACAGUCUGCCUGACUUCUCCUCUCAUGUGGCUUCAACAUUUGGCUCAUCAUCUAAAGCUCUCCUUGCUUUCUUGGCCGUCAUGACUCUAAAGGAAGGCUUAACCAACCUAAAUAUGGACGAGCAGAACGCAAACAAUGUCAGCUGUGCGGAGGCUUUAAAAAUGAUUGAUUCACUUAAGGAAAUUGCCAGCAUUGAGGAUUCUCACAAGUUAAAAGACAGCUUGUCAACUUUACAGCAGGCAGCUUCGAAGCAGCUCCUGCAGAGUUGGAAGGGCUUUCAGGAACUCAGCGACGAAUGCAAGAGUCGCAGCUCUACACCUUAUGAUUCAGAGCAAGAAUCUGUAUCUCAGACUAGACCUGAAAAAGACUGCGGCAUUGAUAAAGAUAUUAUGGACAAGGUCAUGGAUAAUCUUGACAUGCCUGAGAAGCUCAAGGAGGAAUUGGCUUCUUUUUCACUGGGUUUCAAAAGUGACAAAGACGAGAAAGAGUGUUCAGAACUGGAAGUUCAGAGCAUGUCAAGCGCAAAUAAAGGUUUGGAGGUGAGCUGUGAUGGAGGUGGUUCAAGUUCAGAUGAGCGACAGAGUUCAGAAGAGGGGGCAGAAGUUGAAUGUGAGGAGAUACAGCAGGAGAGUGAUGACUCGUCCAAACCCGAGAAUUGCUCUGAGGUGGAGGAAGAUAAGCAACUGAGGUUCAGUUACAGUGUAGAGGAGCCAAGCAACCAAGUCGCAUUGUCUUAUUCUGCAAGUCCCUUAAACUCAGAGAAGGAACUUCAUGGUGGAGGAGGUUUAAUGGGACAGAGCAUCAGUGUUAACGACAGCAUGUGUAACUCAGAUGUGGAUGAGCCAACUUCAGAGGAAGAGCAGCAUGAGGCUGAAUGUCAGGAUCAAAGGGUUAUGAAUGAGGAAAGUUUAUCUAAUGACGAGGACGAGCAGGAGAGCACAGUGGAGGAGGAACACUUUGAUGAUCUUCUAGAUCACGAGGAAAAAACAGAAGUAUGUAAACCUUUAACGGCUUUGACAGAAGAGACAGUGGAGGACGAGGAAAGCUCAGAAGAAGAGGACUACCUCACAGAUAAAAGACAGAUCUACGACUCCACUGGUGUUAUAACCAAAGAGCCCGAAGGCAACAGAGUAAGAUCCAUCAGGGAAAUGUUCCUCGCAAAGAGUGCCACAGAUAUUCAGCAGGGACAUAGACCUUUCCCAAGCCCGAACUCAUCAGAGCUGGUUGAGCUAAGAGCACAGACUUCAACCAGUGCGGGGUACCAGUCUCAGACGUCCAGUGAACUGUCCAGUAGUGAAGAUGAUUCAGCACAGAAAUCCAUAACUCAGGCAAAAGCAAUGCCUGAGUUGUCUUACUUCAAUUCCACGAGUGCUCUGGACAACUUAACCGAGGCAACACGCUGCAUUGCUUUUAAUGCAAAAGUCGUGCCUGGACACUGUGUUCCCAUCAAUACUGAACUGUUCUUCAUCAGUGAGAACACACAAAUCAAAAAGUCUCUUUCAGACCCGGUUGGAAUAAACAAAACCUUUACAAACAGCCCGCGAGACGAAGGAAUGGUUUCAAAGGAGAAAUCUUCAUAUUCACUUCCCAGCAAAGAGUCUGAACUGGAAGACAAGGAGCUUUCACCUUCAAGGAAGUGCACCUACUUCUCUUUGCCCCAUGCUAGUGACUCGGACGCGUGGCAGGAGGACAUCAGUGUGGUUAGCAAAGGCAGUGCAAAUGAUGACAGUAUAAUAGAUACAAAGGAUGACUCAGAGGACACCAAAAUGCCAGCAGAGAGGAACGGCAUGCUGCCCAAUAUUGGCGUCACAGACUUUAAGAAGAUGGAUAACAAAGUGCACCCGCUGGUAGAGCUUCCAGCAGAUGGCGAGGUUGUUGUCGUGCAGCCUGGGAAAGAUGUCACGCAACACGGCCAAUCCCACUGCGAGUUCCACGAGUGA